UGUGCUUUUCACUGGAAAUUAUGUGAGUCAUUAAUUGAAUUUGAUCGAGCAUUUUUUUUCGGCGAGUGGAUCGCUGCUGACCAAUGGAUUAUAGUAAUUGAACAACUAGCUCCUUUAGAUGCUGGUCUGAGAAAAGCGAUUUUGCUACAUGCGAAGGGAGAUCUUCGGGAGUCAAUAAAUGUAGCGAGGCAAAAUGUAGAAAAAAUGAAGACAUGUAAAGAUCUGCGGUUGAGAUUACGAUGUGAUAUAACACUUGCAAUGUUGUAUGUUUCAAACAAACUGGAACAUGUAGCUUUAUCUAUUUUGGAGCAAUGCAAAAACCUUGCUUGCAGGCAUUCUUUAGAUCUUUUUGAACAUAUAAUCGUUCGACGAAUCGCAUAUAUUGAUGCAAUUGAAGGGCGAUUCGAUAAAGCGCUUAUGAAAAUUGAAAGAUGUAAAUGGAUCCUCCAAACUCGUAGUCAACCUUUAGAAAAUGCCUUGUUACACAUGACUAUUUUCACGAUAUACUCCCGUAAAAGUCCGAAAUCACCAGAUUCUUUCUCACAUCAGCUCAAUGCUUUGGCUGCAGCUCGACGAGAAUUCCGCCGUGCUUCUGUGCCACUUCUUGAAAAAACUGUUCUUUUCCAAGCUGCUUCAUUGUACGAUAGCUGCAAAAAAAUUGAAGAGCGAGAUGAAUGUGCAACUUUAUUAUAUGAAAUGAAUGAACGAUAUCCUGGGAAAAUCGACUGGACAGUUUUGUAA